CUUUGAAUCAUUUUAAAUAAUCGUAUCAUGUUUAAUAAAUUUAUAUCAUAUAUCAUAGUCUUCGCAGGAUUUACAACUACAGAUGGUUUAAAUGUGCAUUCAAAAGGUUUAGUCUCAUUUAGAUUGUGAUUGUGUUUACCAACAAUUGAAAUUUUAGUUAUAAUUGACAAAGGAUUCGAUUGUCAAUUCAAAAUUUCUAAUUCUAACCCAACAUGCUCUGAAUUUUGGUCUCAGUCUAUUCCUCUGUAACUGUCUUUAAACAACGAAAUGGCUAAAUUAAAGUCCCAUUUGCUGUUUGGGUAUCUUGUCCCGACGUCUAAAAAGCUGCUUUCUAAUAGAGUUACUCGUGAAUUUUUAGCUGAAAUGACCGGUACUUUUAUUUUAGUGGCCAGUGGAUUAUCAGCCCAUGUUGUGUAUAAAGCGAGGAAACAACAGAUGGAUACCUUCGCAGCUGCCUUUUGUUUUGGUGUUGGUGCACUUAUUGCUAUAUCUGCAACCCUUGAUGUUUCAGGAGCUCACUUGAAUCCCGCUGUAUCAACAGCAAUGGCCUCAAUUGGACGAUUACCUUGGAAGAGGGUUCCUCAUUACAUGGCGGCUCAAUAUAUUGGAGCAUUUUUCUCUGCAUUUGUGACGUGGUUGAUCAAUCAAGACGCUAUUCUUACAUUUGAUCCUGAUUAUACUGAGCAUGGUUCAGCAGUUUAUGUCACUUUUCCCGGUGAGGGAGUUGGACUUUUCUCCGCCUUUCUUGACCAAGUCCUAUCAACUGGAAUUCUUAGCUUUUCAAUCCUCGCAGCCGAUGGACCUAAAUUACCCAGAUCUUUUCAUCCAUUGUAUUUUACUCUAGUUAUUACUGGAAUUGUUAUUUCUUUCAAUUAUAAUGCCGGAGCUAUACUUAAUCCUGCUCGUGAUCUUGGCCCGAGAUUGUUUACUUGGAUAUUUGGUUAUGGGUCUGAUGUUUUCAUGGAUUUAUCAGGUUGUCAUUGGUGGCUAGUCGCUAUUAUCGCACCUCAUUUAGGAGCUCUUCUGGGAGUAUGGUAUUACAUUUUACUGAUUGAUCCGAGCGUUGCUUAUGAAAAAGAAUCAGACUCAAACACUAAAAUCGGUGACAGUUUUGUUCCAACAAAUUUUCAAAUUGGGGCACCAAAAAAUCAAGAAAAUCAUGAAGUAGCUAAAUUAGAUCACGAUCACAAGGAACACCCAAAUGAUGCGAAACAUAAAUCUGAUGAUUAGUGGUUUUAGUAUUUAGACAAAAUCUAUGAAAAUUUGCGAAGGCAUCGAUAAUGUUUCAUCAUUAGUACUCAUGAUUGCCAUUAGUUUUUGAUCGAGCUUUUUGCUUUUGUCUAGUUUCAUGAUACGAUCUUCGAAAGUUGUUUUCGUGUAUUAAUAAUUAAUCGAUCUAUGUGACAAUAAAUUCGAUUUGGAUUCCCAAAACAGUUUCCAAUUCAAAUGGGUAACUCAAUUAUGUAUGCAUUAUGAAGAUAUAACUAACAAUUAUACUGAGUAUAAAUUUUUUAACUAAUAA